CUCAUUGAACCUGCCUCAUGAACUCUGAACAUCAACUCUGACUUCACUCCCUCUUCCCUGCAGAGCACUUUGUUAAAAAAAAACUCUUUUAAAAACAUUUUUGAAAUAGACUUUUUUUUUGUUGCCUCGUUUCAACCCUCUUUGAGUUCAAGAGAUUGAAGAGCACCUGUUGAUUUCCUUUGUGCUGCCCUCAUCUCUCACUCUCCAACACUUUGGAUGAGUGUCGCAUGAACCUUUCUCCUCCUGGACUGAAUUUAUCACCUGGCCUGUUCUCUGUCUUGUGAGAAUAGCUUCUGUUCCCUCUUCACAUCAUCUCUAAGAACUGACACGUACUGUUAACCCUAGGAAACGCACACAUAAGUAGUUGAGGAUGGCUCUCAAUGUGCCAGGUCUGGUGGUAAUGGCAGUGUUCUACCUGUUGAUCUUGGGUACGGGCAUCUGGGCAUCCAUGCGCUCCAAGAGGGAGGAGAAGAAGUGCACAGGAGACGGCAUGGAGAUAACACUACUGGCUGGACGCAACAUCAACUUGCUAGUCGGCAUCUUCACUCUCACUGCUACGUGGGUGGGUGGAGGCUUCAUCCUCGGUAUAGCUGAGGCAACGUACAACCCAACACUAGGCGCAGUGUGGGCUCUCAUGCCUGUGCCGUAUGUCUUGACCUUCUUCUUAGGUGGCUUUUUCUUUGCCAAGCCCAUGAGAGAGAACAAGUAUGUUACAAUGAUGGACCCCUUCCAACAGAAGUAUGGGAACGUCCUGAGCAGUGCUCUGAUCUUUCCGGCACUGGUGGCCGAUGUCCUGUGGGUGGCACGCACACUUGUCAGCCUGGGUGGAACUAUGAGUGUGAUCCUGGAUCUGUCCUACGUCUACUCCAUCAUCAUCUCCUCAGUGGUGGCCAUAAUCUACACACUGCUGGGGGGGCUCUACUCUGUGGCCUACACAGACGUGAUCCAGCUCAUCCUCAUCUUUGUCAGCCUGUGGGUGUGUGUUCCUUUCCUGUUGACCAACCCUCACUCAGUGGACAUCUCACUGACGGCCUACAACCAGACCUUCCAGGCUCCCUGGGUCGGCACGGUGGAGCUCGAUGAGGCCGGCAAGUGGUUUGACGACUUCAUGCUGCUGGCGCUGGGCGGCUUGGCCUACCAAGCGUUCUACCAAAGGAUCCUGUCCGCCUCCUCUUACACCCAGGCUCAAGUGACCUGCUUCGCCUCGUCAGCCUUCUGCCUGGUGCUGGGUAUCCCCUCUGUGCUGGUGGGAGCUGUGGCUGCGUCCACAGACUGGAACUCAACCAGCUAUGGAUUGCCCACCCCAUAUGAGCGUAACCAGGCAGGCUCCAUCCUCCCCAUCACCCUGCAGUACCUCACACCCACGUACAUCUCCGUCAUCGGUAUCGGAGCUGUAGCUGCGGCUGUCAUGUCCUCCAUGGACUCGGCUCUUCUGUCCUCCGCUUCACUGUUUUCCUCAAAUAUUUACAAGAACAUCAUCAGGAAGCAGGCAUCAGACCGUGAGAUGCAGUGGGUGAUCCGUAUCUCAGUGGUGGUGGUGGGUCUGGCUGGCACUGCCCUCACCUUUCUGGACAGCAGUGUCCUGGUCUUCUGGCUCGUGGGCGUGGACAUGUCCUACACCAUCAUGUUCCCUCAGCUGGUCUGCAUCCUCUUCUUCAAGGUGUCUAAUGGUUACGGCGCCACCGUGGGUUACUUGAUGGGAAUCAUCCUGAGGAUCCUGAGUGGCGAGCCCCUCAUCGGCCUGCCACCCGCCAUCCAUUUCCCUGGCUGCCGACUUGACGCAGAGGGGAGGCUAACCCAGUUCUUCCCCUUCCGCACUGCCAUCAUGAUCAUCUCACUCGUGUCCAUUCUGCUCUUCUCCUGGUUGGCAUCCAUCAUUUUCAACAAGGACCUGCUGUCUGAGAAGUGGGACGUGUUUAAGAUCAAACGCAAGCAGAAACCGACAGCCAGAGCCACAGAGGAGAAGAGGACCAACUCUGAAAACGAAGAAGCCUCUGCAGCCAAGCAACUACUGGACACCACCAGCUGCUGAGGAGGCUCACAGAGAGGGAGAGAAGAUGGGCACUGGCUGGAGGCGGACAUGUUUGUUUGUCCGCCAAGUAAGAGUUCACAGAGGGGGAACAACGGCAAAGGCGGGGCAGUAAAUACAGAUUCUGUACAGUAUCAUUGUGAUUUUUUUUUUGUGGUGAUGACACUUAGGUCAGCAGAGUGCGAUCUGGGCUCUCCGGUACCCUACUUCAUCAGUUGUCUCAUUGUUCCUGACACAGAAUACAGUCAAAAUAGACUCCCUGGCUAGGUUACCUUAGUAAAAACUAGCCAUUCACCAGCAUAGCAUACAGGCCCUUAAUUAAUAUAUUAAUUAUAAUAUAUAUUAAUUGUAUUAUUAUAUAAUUCAUAUAUUUAUAUAUUGUCAUACAUCACUGUAAUAGAAGCAGUCCACACAAAGAACCCAGUGGCAAGUCCAAACGUCAAGCCAUUUAAAUUCAUUUCCAUUUAAAGAAGAAAAGGUUUAAAGUUAAAUCUUCAUAAUGAUACUGUGCCUCCUACUCAUUAGAUAUUCUCCAAUAAAGAUUGCACUUGUACAUUUGUACAGAUUUAUAUAAAUAUAUUUUCACGACCACACUUUUACAAAUUAGGACACCACGCAAAACAGUGGAGGGCUCCUUCUUGACAGACCGGAGACCAGACCGGUCCUAAAGACUACCGCACUGUGGCAACACUUUAUGUCAAAAAGACACUCGCAGGAGAAAUGGACUUCAUCCCAAAGGAACAAUCUGUCCAGCAUAACGAUGAUUAAAAAUAGUUUACAAUCCACGUAAACAAAAUCUGUCUAUUUUUCAGAUUUUUCUUUCGUAAGAAAGAGCGCAUCAGACUGUGUCACACACCCUCUCAGAAAACAGCAAUGCAGCAAGCCACCUGCUUGAUCCUUUUAUUUAAUAAUCAUUAAUCAGCCCGGCCGGCAGGAAAUGCAUUUCACGGCGAAGCACUGCACUGCAAGUGUGCUUAGCUUCUCUUUCAGUGUGAACGUCUGCAAAUGACUCAACAAGCAUGCCAGGGCUCCAUUUAAUCCAGAACAAAGACAUGCUACCCAAAGAACAAAGAAUGAGCCAAAACUCUGCACCCUGCGCAUUUGUGACUGAUGUUUUAUUAUUUAACACUUUAUUUGAAUGUGAUCUGAUUUCUCUUUUUCUUUCUCCAGUUUCAUCACAAUUUCCUCUAGCAACAGUCCACACUCCCGACAGUGGUUCUCAAAUUGUGCAAAAAUGAAUCUGAAUGAAACGGUAAUCAGAGUUAUGUGAACAUGUCCAAUAUGUGAAGAGUUAUAGUUACAUUCACAGUGAAACUUUUACCUCCAUCUGUCAAAUACUGCUCAGUCAACACCAGCAAGUUUAAGAUUUUUUUUUUCACUACACUGUGACUUCGUUUGAAACCACCCAGGUACUGAUGACUAAAGUGUCCCACCCUGUCGGGCUGCUCUGAGUUGGGUUGCAGUGCAACGCUGGCUUUGUUGUGCAAGCAAUAAUGAAAAAUCACAAACGGCAACCAAAAACACUUGGACAGUAGUGACACAAACACUAUUUCAGGCUUUUAAAUGUUCAGUUUUUUGGGUUUUUUUUGCUUUAAGGACUAUUUCAUUUUACCCAUUAUGUUGUAAAUAGCGGCAGGGAGAGACAAAACUGAAGAACUCAAUCUCCCAGCAUGCCACAGUUACUGUAAGCCCAUUCCCCUCAUCUGCAUUUUACUCACAUGAUAGAUAACUGAAUGUGGCAGUUGCGACUGCACCUAGAGAAAGAGCGCCAGACAUCUCCCUCAUUUUCCUCCUCCUCACCCAUUCCUCACCCUCGUUUGUCCUCACCAUCUAUCAGUGUGAGCCUUUCAUUUUGUCAGUGAUUUUUCUUUUUUUGUACAGUAAAGUUGUUGUUUUUUCUUCUUAUAUAUUGUAUGCAAUGCUUUAGUUUACAGUGGGAUCAUUUUUUCCUUUAUGUGGUGAAAAAGUUUGCAGCUAAGUUUCUGAUCAUUUACAUUAAAGUUUCACAACAAAUUUUGCUCUGUUUUAUGAUUAGAAUUUAUUAAAGAACAGACUGUUCAAUUGACCCUUGUGGUUUGUAAUAUAUGUUCUGUUGUACUGAGCCUCUAUAGUAGUUUGUUGUGCAAAGAGAUUCUUGCUAAUGAGUGACGGUCAAAAAUAGUUCCUCUAUCAUACUGUUGCCUUUUAAUAUCACUGGAACCUGGUUUCACUCCGCUGUCAAUGGUUAUUUGCUGCACAUUGUAAAAUGGGUGUAUACUCUAGUCACUGUUUAAAUACCUCAUGGAGUGGUAAUGUUGGCUUUAGGUAUUCAAAAUUUUAACCUCUAAUUCUGAUUUCUAUCCUAAGCAUAUUGUAUGAAUGUCAUUGUCCAAAGAAUGAUCGCACGCAGAACAAACUCUCUCAAAAAAGGACGCAUGCAGGACGCAAUGCAUGUAUCUUUUUAUAUGUAUGAUUGUGAUUUCUACCUGUAUUAUACUCUUGUACUGUACAGUCUGAUCAUGAUUUGUAUAUUUACACUUUAUUUUUUAUCAGAGUUAUUUGCUAUGCAUUGACUAGAAGAAAAAACACAAAUGUAUUUUAUCUCAAGUUAGCAACGUUUUAAAGUCAAAUAAAUUCAACUUCAACUUUGCAGCGCAUCCGGUGUAUUUUCACCUCCACACGUUUAAAUCCAUUUGUGUCAGCGGUGAUCCUGAACAAACGUGUGUUGCACACAUAUUACAGGAAAAACAUGUUACAUGCCUAUGAGCUAAAGCAAUGGCCAAUUGGAAUGAGCACUCCUGCCCAAAAAAA